AUAAAAGUCAAAAAAGCAUAAUAGGUCCCCUUUAAGUCCUGAUAUUCUCCUGAUGUGCCAUAUGUUUGAACAACAUAUCCUGACAUUUGUACCCUGAAAAUCUCUUGAAUAAUGCUACCCCUGAGGUAGUAUUUUGUAAAAUUGUAAAAAUGAUAAGCAAAAUGUUAUUAUAUUAUGCGCUCAGAAAUUGUUUACAUUAUCGCAUGGGGUUUCCGCAUUAUUGCUAUGGAUUUAAUUACAACUAGAGGUUGAAAACUCUCGUUCAUUUUAUAAUUUGAUGGAAGUCUUUUCGGUGUUAAGGCUCGUCUGUCUGUGAAAUAAGAGGAAGAAAUGUCUCUUGUGUUUUAAUAAGGUAUAAUAUCCUAUUUGCGUUCAAAUAUCCUGUGGUGAGUCAAACUGACUAUAUUCUUACAACUCACCCGGUCAAACUGAUCCCGUGGUGAGACACCAGAGCGGGGAAAAGUCAGCCGCAUGCAGUUUCGAUAUUCGGUUUUCAUUUACCCCACAAUCUGAUUAAUCAACACAAUUGCACUUCAUUACGGGUGUAGUAUGUUAAGGACAGUAGGCCUAUAGGACACCGUAUCGACAAAACAUCACAGCGACAUGUUGUUCCUAUCGAUAUCUGUGCGAGAAAAGCGCUUAAGGGGCCACUCACACUAGGGCUGUUUGCCUGUUCCGUGCUGCAGGAAGAUUCAGCACGAUUCCCCCCCUCCCCACUCCCCCCGCUGGCCCGUGGUCACACUGCUCCCGAAGGCCGUGGCCUGGGCACGAUUGCUCCUUCAUACAUACGUCAUCACGUCGUAAUACGAUUAAUACGUCAUCACCAAGCGUCCUCGCCGCCAUAACAACAAUGGAGAACAACAACGUGAAUGUUGUCGUCGGCCCAAAUUUCAAGUAAACACUCGGCUUCACUAUCGCACCAACGUAAACCUACUCGUGAACCGCUUGCCGCCAUUGUUUAAAAUGAUUGUUGUGGGGAAGAAGGACAUGGACCUAUAAAGAAAGAAGGGUCGCGCAAGGACUACGUCAUCCAGCUCACGUUGCGUAUCCGCACGUGGGCGAGUGUCAUCUCAUUAGCAUCUGUACUUUGGCCACGGCACACCUCUCCCAAGUGUGCCGUGGCCAAGGGGGCUGUUCCGUGCUGGAAUACGGAUGGUGUGGUCACACUAGCCAAACGUUCUAGACUUUAGUAUGCAAAUGAGCUCGGGCACGGGGCCGUGGCCCUAGUGUGAGUGGCCCCUAAAUCAACGUUCCGGCUGCUAUCUGUUUUAGGGACCGUCUACAAAUUACACCCCCACAGACUGGUGGCAUACACGUUACCAUGGCAGUGAUUCAGGAAAGAAAUCACCAAAAAUCAAUGGAAACACAUUUUGUCAUUCUGAUUGAUGUAGUAGUUGACAAUGGUUGGCAAUUAAAAUACAAUUAAAAUACAUCAAUUAAAAUACAUUUUCUCAUUAUGAUUGCUGUAGUAGGCCUACUUGCCAAUGGUGGGCUUUACAUACUGCGGGUCAUUAUUUGAUGAUAUUUAGCAUUAUAGCGAAUAAGGAUGCAAUUAAUAGUUUGAAAGUACUACACAAUCAGAAUGAGAAAAUGUAUUUAAAUAGAUUUUUGGAGAAUAUUUCAAACUAUUAAUUGGAUCCUGUUUCACGAUAAUGCAAGAUAGCAUUAAAAUGUAGUAAGUAACAGCCAACCAUUGGCAACUAGGCUACUACAUCAAUCAGAUGAGAAAAUGUGUUUUUAUGAUUUGUGGUGAUUUCUUUCCUGAAAUAAUUCCAUGGAAACGUCUAUGCCACCAGUCUGUGGGGUGUAAUUCGUAGACGGUUCCUUUAUGACAGAUAGCAGCCGGAACGUUGAUUUAAGAUAUUGAUAUCAACAACAAAUGUCGGUGCGAUUUUUUGUCAAUACGGUGUCUGUCCUCAACAUACACCCGUAAUAUAGUGCAAUUUUGUUGAUUAAGCCGAUUGCGCGAUGAAUCCGAUUGCAAAACUGAAUAUCCGGCGAAUAUCCAACCUGCCGCUAACUUUUACCCUAGAUUGAUUGCAAUCUACGGUAACCUGUGAUACAUGAGCUGAUAAGUUUCGUUUCUCCGGCGGCUCUGAAAAAGAAACUGAAGCGUUGAGCCUCUUCGGAGGUGAGCUGUUCUCCUAAACAUUGGACCAGCGGAGCUGAUUAGAGAUGUCUAGAGGAAGGUAUCCCUACGACCGAUACAUGGGGGGUAUUUUCACGAGGAGGAACGUUUCAACAGAACCUCGUUCCUCAGGCUGGAGAGGUCCGGAGAACUACAGGAUGACCCCACACGGUCGCUCCUCAGGGCGGAGAGGUCCAGAGAACAACGGGCUGACCCCAUCACGUCGUUUCUCACGGUGGAGAGGUCUGGAGAACUAUGGGCUGACCUGCUGCGUCAACGCUCUGCUCCAGUCCUUCAUCGCCACGUCGGAGAUGAAGGACCUCCUCGACAGGUGGGAUUCGUCGUCUGUGCAUGAGGAUGCCCUGGAUAACGUGCCGGUCCAUCUGAAGGGGGUCCUGGGGGCCAUCAGAGACCCGUCCUGCCGGGCCCCCCACAAGGACUUCCUCCGCUGUCUGGACCGACAACACAUCCGAUUGAACGUACAGCAUGAUGCAGACGAGGUCUUCCUGGCGGUCCUGAACUUCAUCCAGCAGCAGAUGGAUGACAAAGUCUUGGCCCUGGAGAUCCAGAGUCUGUACCGGCUGUCUGUGGAGCUCCACCACCAGUGUGUGGAGUGCUCCUCCAACCAGUUCCUGCCCAGCUCCAGCUACCUGCUCAGUCUGCCGCUGCACAUAAGAAAUCAGAACAACACUCUGAAAGACUGCCUGGCGUCCUUCUUUGAGCUACAGAAGUUGAGCGGCAUCGACAACUGCUUCUGCGACCAGUGCAAAACCCGGACCCCCUUUACACACGGACACAGGAUCCUCUCCCUGCCCACCAUUUUGUGCGUGCAGCUGCAGAGGUUUCGACUCUCUGACUCCGGCUGGAUGCAGAAACUCGACUGCUCUGUGGAAUUCCAAGAGUCUUUGGAUUUCCAGGACAUUUGCAGCCGAGAUGUGUUUUCAAAGGACUUCCAAAAGAAUGAGGGCACAAAGUACAGCUUGUUCGCGGUGAUUGUCCACUCCGGGUCUGCGAUGUUCGGACACUACACCGCCUUCGUCCGGGCGACAGGGGGCUCGGACUGGUUCUACGCAAACGACAGCCAAGUUGAACCUGUUUCCUGGGAGGCUGUGAAGGAGACGUACGGCGGUCACAGCAGGACAGCCUACAUGCUGCUGUACCGGAGAGAGCCCACCCAGACCCAGGGAGGGGGAGAGGGGGAGGAACAAGAAGGAGAGAGACAAGACGGAGAGAGACAAGAAGGGGAGAGACAAGAAGGGGAGAGACAAGAAGGGGAGGUACAAGAAGGGGCGGUACAUGAAGGAGGGAGACGGGAAGGGAAGAAACAAGUGGGGAGAAACAAGAAGGGGAGAAACAGGAAGGGGAGAAAUUAGAAGUGGAAAAACUAGAAGUGGAGAAACUGGAGGAGAGAAACUAGGAGGAGAGAAACUAGAAGGAGAGAAACUAGAAGUGGAGAAACCAGAAGGAGAGAUACUAGGAGGAGAGAAACUAGGAGGAGAGAAACUAAGAGGAGAGAAACUGGAGGAGAAAAACCAGAAGGAGAGAAAUUAGAAAGGGAGAAAUUAGAUGGAGAGAAACAAGGAGGGUAGAAACAAGAUGGAGUGCCCCAUCAGGCUGAUAGCGUCUGAGAGCAUUCAGACGGAUAUAUUGAUAUAUAUAUAUAUGCAUAAUUAGGCAGUUAUCUCAGGCUGACAGGCUGAUACCGUCUGAGAGCAUUCAGAAUGUACAGUCACGCCACAUGUUGGUAUCACAUUUGUUCAUCAUUUUACAUCAUUUAUAAUAUAUGUAUGGUUAUAGAUUAUUAUUAUUCAUCUUUUUUUCUGGCAAAUGUCUUUGUUUUGGGUUUUUACAAAAAAAAAUGUUUACUAUAUAUGUAAUGUAUGUGUAUAUAUACAGUAUUAGUAUAUAUCUGUUUUUUUUCUGGCAAUACUUGGUUUUUAUUGUAUUUGUAUAAUUUUGAGAUGCCUGUGUUGUCAGGUUUUUACUAAAAAAAUGUUUACUAUGUGUUAUUUAUGUGCAUAUAUAUAUAUAUAUAUAUGUUAGUGCUGUCAGUUAAACGCGUUAUUAACGGCGUUAACGCAAACCAAUUUUAACAGUGUUAAUUUUUUAUUGCACGAUUAACGCAAUUAUUAUUAUUAUUAUUUAUUUUUUCUUUGGCUCAAAACAAAGAAGCAGUAGCCUGACUGCUAUGUUCAAGGGAGUAUGUUUGUGUGUUCAUCGUUUAAUGGAACUAUAGGCUUUUUUUUUGCAUCGUCCUGUUUAUGCCAAUGUUGUUAUUAAUAAAAAAACAUUUGCACAAGGCAAGCCGAUGCACUUCUCCAUGUUGAUAAGAGAAUUAAAAUUAGAAAAAUUAAUGGGACAAAGAAAUCAAGGGAUAUUUAGCAUAUUAUUAUUUAUUUAUUUUUA